GUCAUUGCGGUCAUCGUCAAGAGUAUUGUUUUUUAUGCAAAAUUUGAACUAGUAUCUGCGAUAGCUGUGCUGUGAUUGGUAGUUACAACAAACUUAGAUUUUUAAGCCAAUAGCAUGGCAAAAAAAAGUUAACAAAGCAGCAAGAUAUAUAUGAGAACAAUUUUCUAUCAGUUUCUGAAUUUUACGGGAGCAGCAGGUACCGGCAAAGGGUAUUUAAAUUAUUGCUGCUGAUAUACUUAAUAGAGGUUGACCUUCAAAAUGGGCCGAAAAUUCGUCGUUGGUGGCAACUGGAAAAUGAAUGGUGAUAAGAACCAGGUCACGGAUAUCGUUGAGACUUUGAAAAAGGGACCUUUAGACCCUAAUGUUGAGGUAGUUGUCGGUGUGCCAGCCAUUUACUUGUCUUAUGUGAAGAGCAUUAUCCCUGACAGCAUUGGUGUUGCUGCACAAAACUGCUGGAAGGUUCCAAAAGGUGCCUUCACAGGUGAAAUUUCCCCAGCUAUGAUCAAAGAUGUUGGUGCCAAUUGGGUAAUUCUUGGUCAUUCUGAGAGAAGAACAAUCUUUGGUGAAAAGGAUGAGCUGGUUGCCGAAAAGGUUGCUCAUGCCCUGGAACAAGGACUCAAAGUCAUAGCCUGCAUAGGAGAGACUCUGGAAGAGAGGGAAGGUGGCAAGACUGAAGAGGUUGUCUUUAGGCAGACUAAAGCUUUGGUGCCAGCCAUAGGUAACAACUGGGCAAAUGUGGUCAUUGCUUAUGAGCCUGUAUGGGCCAUUGGCACUGGCAAAACUGCAUCUCCCCAACAGGCGCAAGAUGUCCACGCUUCUCUCCGCAACUGGCUUUCAACUAAUGUGUCGCCUGAUGUGGCGAAUUCAGUCCGUAUCCAAUAUGGCGGUUCUGUAACCGCUGCCAAUGCCAAGGAGCUGGCCGCAUGUCCCGACAUCGACGGGUUCCUCGUCGGCGGCGCCAGCCUCAAGCCAGAGUUUGUCAGCAUCGUAAAUGCCACUCAGUAAAUGCAUGUUUUAUACCAUAUAAUAUUGCUGGCGAUUUAUUUAUAUUAUAAUCAUUGCUUUUAUAUAGCGAAGUCUGGGUGCUGUUUAAUUAUGGCUAUUUGCAGAACUUUUGCUGAUCAGUGAUUGAAUAUAAAUUGUGUUAUAGCUUAAUAUUAAUGCAUUGUAAAGUUGAUAUGAUGUAUCUUGUAAUAUAAACACACAAAAAGAUAAUUCUUAUCUGGCUUAUGUUUUUUGUUGUGAUGUUUGUUAAUCUACAGUGUAUUCUGAUGCAAUUUGUUUAAAGAGCAUUUCAAUGAAUUGAAACUAUUAUGUUUUGCUAAAUACAUAUUUGGAAGUGUAAUAUUUGUUCUUAAUUUUUCCGACUUGAAUAAAAGUUAUUUAUAGUAUAAAAUACAAUAUUAAUAAACAAAAGAAGCUAUAUAUACAUAGCUUGAAUAAUAAAAUAAAAUAUAAAAUAAGAUCAUUUAUCAUUCUCUGUAUCCAGUCAGGUUGUAAUUAUUUUAUAGAUAACUUUUAUUCGACGACUAAAAAUCGGCCCUCAGUUAUAUUCUCUGAAGGUAAAUCUAAAAAUUAUUAAUUAUAACGAUGAAUUACAAUUUGUGAUGUAAAUAAGUUGCGUAAUCUGUAUUACGUGGUAUAAUGUGUUUUUAUCACUAUAAAUUCUCGACGCAAACUGAAACUAUUGUAUCGAAAUAAAAACAGUUAAUUAAA